UUCUUCUCAAAGCGGUUUUGUUGGCCACUGUAAUACCGAAACGGGCUAACACAGAAGGUUCAAGUAUCCGUACCCGUUUGGCAAUGCUAGUGAAAAGACUAGAGCCAAACACACGCACCCAGUAACAUCCACGUUUCUCACUCUAUCAAUCAAAAAGAAACCCAAACCCUAGCCUAACUCAACUCCAUUUUCACUCAUCUUCUCUUCGCUACCAUGGAUAUUGAGGCGGAUAUUCGCUCUUUACAGCUUGACUCCGCUGAAGAAGAAAAUAAUGGGGUGGUUAAUCCAGAAGAUGUAAAGCCAGUAGAAGUUGAGAAUGUCGAAAAAAUGGAAGAAGAUACAAAAGAUGAUGCUACUCUGAACUCCAAGGAAGUACAGGUUGAAUCAAAAGUGAAAGGUAAAGAAAUGUUUCCAGCAGCAGAUGUUGAAACACCAGAUGAGAUGGAAGAAGACAACAAAAGGCGGCAUUUAAAUGUGGUGUUUAUUGGCCAUGUUGAUGCUGGCAAGUCUACAACUGGUGGUCAGAUACUUUUCCUAAGUGGUCAGGUUGAUGAUCGUACAAUCCAGAAAUAUGAGAAAGAAGCUAAGGAGAAAAGUAGAGAGAGUUGGUAUAUGGCAUAUAUUAUGGAUACUAAUGAAGAGGAGAGGGUUAAGGGUAAAACGGUUGAAGUUGGAAGAGCACAUUUCGAAACAGAGACAACUAGAUUUACAAUUUUAGAUGCACCGGGCCACAAGAGUUAUGUUCCAAAUAUGAUUAGUGGAGCAUCUCAAGCAGAUAUUGGUGUACUGGUGAUUUCUGCUCGGAAAGGAGAAUUUGAAACUGGGUACGAGAGAGGUGGACAGACCCGUGAGCAUGUUCAGCUUGCGAAGACUUUGGGGGUGUCUAAGCUGCUUGUUGUUGUAAAUAAAAUGGACGAUCCUACUGUGAGCUGGUCAAAAGAAAGGUAUGAUGAAAUUGAAUCAAAGAUGAUACCAUUUCUAAGGUCUUCAGGUUACAAUGUGAAGAAAGAUGUCCAAUUCCUACCGUUAUCUGGUCUGGUUGGCACAAACAUGAAAACAAGAGUGGAUAAGAAUACAUGUUCAUGGUGGAAUGGCCCAUGUCUUUUUGAAGCUCUGGAUGCCAUUGAAGUUCCUUUACGAGAUCCGAAAGGUCCUUUCAGGAUGCCUAUUAUUGACAAAUUUAAAGAUAUGGGAACUGUAGUCAUGGGCAAAGUAGAAUCUGGUAGUGUGACUGAGGGGGACUCCUUGCUGGUCAUGCCAAAUAAGACUCAUGUGAAAGUUGUUGCUGUAUACUGUGAUGAGAACAAGGUUAGACGUGCAGGGCCUGGUGAAAAUCUCCGUGUUAGAUUAUCUGGAAUUGAUGAUGAGGAUAUAUUGGCAGGUUUUGUCUUAUCAAGUGUUGCGAAGCCAAUAGUUGCAGUUACAGAAUUUGUUGCUCAACUACAGAUCCUUGAAUUGCUGGAUAAUGCAAUUUUCACAGCUGGUUACAAGGCUGUUUUACACAUUCAUUCUGUAGUUGAAGAAUGUGAGAUUGUUGAGCUGCUACAACAGAUUGAUCCAAAAACAAAGAAACCUAUGAAAAAGAAAGUGCUCUUUGUGAAGAAUGGUGCUGUUGUUGUGUGCCGUGUCCAGGCAAAUAAUAUGAUAUGCAUCGAGAAGUUUUCAGAUUUCCCACAACUUGGAAGGUUCACUCUUCGAACUGAGGGCAAAACAGUUGCAGUGGGAAAAGUUACUGAACUUCCUACUUCAGGUUCUAGUUUUUAAGCAAUUUUGGUAUUAAAGGCUGAGUUAAAAAGGACAACUCUUUUUGUGUACUUUUGAGUGCCAGACGCACCGAGAACUCGUCCCUUGGUUGUGUUGGGAGUUGCUGGUGCUUUAGAUGUUUGAAUGUAGAGUAUAUACUAUACCUGAUUCACCAAGUCCAUUGGUAUUAAUGAGUUACAUUUUAUCAAAGUUCUUCCUCAAUCUCUUGCUGCAUUUUAGCAAAACCAUGAUUUCUUCAGUUAUAGCAACAUAUAGCUGUGCGCUUGACUCUUGCCCUGUA